AUGUCACAGCCUGAGACCCCGCGCACCAGGCAGAAGGGGGUAUUAACACGGGCAAGAGCCAGACGCGAGCAAGAGGAGGAAGUUUGGGAGGUACGCCCCACCAUGGGCGUGUUGGAGCGUGGGGGGGAGGAUGAGGAGAGUAGACAGACUACUGGUGAACAUCCGAGGGGGCGAGACAAUGAUGACCAGUACCAUUCGGUACGGAGUGGAAGCACGGACUCAAGCCCGAACAGGCACGCGGCGCCAGAAUCAGUUGUGACUAAUCGCAACAAAGCUACGCGGAAAGGGCGAGGAGGAGGGCCGAGUUGGUAG